AUGAACAUCAUUCUCUCCAGGGACAGUCAGGUGCGGGUGAUGGAGGACAUGGUGACCAAUGCUGAGAAGUCCUUCGGCCAGUUCUGCUCACUGCUGGCCGCUUACACCCGCAAGACAGCCCGGCUGCGUGACAAGGCCGACCAGCUGGUCAAACAGCUCAUCAACUUCGCCAAUACGGAGAACCCAGAGAUGCGGGCCACUCUGAGGAACUUCGCUGAGGAUUUGGCCAAAGUGCAAGAUUACAGGCAAGCUGAGGUAGAGAGGCUGGAGACCAAGGUCGUCAACCCCCUGAAGUUCUAUGGGGUGCAAAUAAAGCAGACCCGGGCUGAGAUCAAGAAAUUCAAAAGUGUCCGGAACAAUGAGAUCAAACAACUGGAAAAACUGGAGAAACUGAGGCAGAAAUCCCCCUCGGAUAGACAGACCAUCUCUCAGGCAGAGACCAGUGUGCAGAGGGCCUCAGUGGAUGCCAGCCGCACCUCCCACCAGCUGGAGGAGACAGUGGACACCUUCCAGAAGCAGAAGCUGAAGGACAUUCAGAAAAUUUUUUCGGACUUUGUGACCAUUGAGAUGGUCUUCCAUGCCAAAGCAGUGGAGGUGUAUUCCAGUGCCUUCCAGACUCUGGAGAGCUAUGACCUAGAGAAAGAUCUGGAGGAUUUUAGAGCCAAGAUGCACGGAGUUUAUGGGCGUUACAAUGCUCGGCCACCACUCACGGACACCACCCUGUCCCCAACUCUCCCAUGGUCUCUUGCCCGGAGUGCUCAGAGCACCAUACGGAGCCAGAGAAAGGAAGCAGUGAAUGAGGACAACUCUGCCGAGGAGGACCCCGUGGAGGACCUCAGGGGACGGGCACAGGGGCCCCAUCAGUAG